AUGUUUGAGGCAUUUAUUUUCUUCUGUUUGUGCUUGUGGAGUCUGACUGGUGUGUUUGGUGUUGAUGAAGUGAAGUCAGUGUCAGUGAUGGAGGGAGAUUCUGUCACUUUAAACAUUGAUGGUACUGAUAUACAGAUAAAUGAUGUGGCUGAGUGGAGGUUUGGACCUGAAGACAUUCUCAUAGCCAAAAUCAGCAAACAGAACAAUAUGAGCAUUUUUCAUAAUGAUAGUGCUGAUGGGAGAUUCAGAGACAGACUGAAGCUGGAUCAUCAGACUGGAUCUCUGAUCAUCACAAACACCAGAACCACAGACUCUGGAGUUUAUAAAGUAACCAGCAACAGCACAGAGACACCGCUCAACACAUUCAGUCUCACUAUCUAUGCUCAUCUGCCGAUCCCUGUCAUCACCAUGUACUGUCCACAAAAUUCUUCAUCAUCACCAGGAUCAUCGGUGUCCAAAUGUGUGCUGCUGUGUUUAGUGUUGAAUGUGAGUCAUGUGACUCUCUCCUGGUACAAAGGAAACAGUUUAUUGUCCAGCAUCAGUGUGUCUGAUCUCAGCAUCAGUCUCGCUCUACCUCUGGAGGUGGAAUAUCAGGAUAACAACACCUACAGCUGUGUGGUCAACAGUCUCACCAGUAACCAGACCACACAUCUGGACAUCAGUCAACGUUGUCACACAUGUCCAGGUACAAUAUAUAUAUUUGUUAUUGAAGCUGUGAUCCGAUUGGCUCUCUCUGCUCUGGUGGGCAUGGCUACUGUUGCUGUGCUGGUUUAUGAAUUCAGAUCCAGUCUUCAACAAAAGAGAAGACAGCGGACACUGCUAUCAAACUCUGAUUAAUCAGAUAGUCAGGGAGGUGGAGAUACGCUUUUCACAGUACUUUUCACAGUACAAAUGGUUC